AUGAAUAGCGUUCCUGCAUCUAGCAAAAAUGGAUCCACUUGUUUGGUGCAUAGAACAACAGGCAACCCAGCGCCUGUACCUCAACUUUUGCUCUCAUCGCUCUGGCUUCAAUUGCACUGUCAAGCAAUGCUGUGCCUGCAUCUGAGUCCGAGUUUAUUCAUCGUCAAUACAGCUAGAGUUAGGGCUGGGGCUGGGGUUGAGACUUUCCAUUUUGCCCUCAACCAUGCCAACUUCAACGAGAACACUAUGUAUACCAACAAUAUCAGCGCUAACCAGGCUAAUGACGUUUUCGACUCAAAUACUAACUUUAUUUCUGGCUACCUCAGCUCGCAAGAUCAUACCAACAUUCAGAAAUAG